GGGGAGGGGAAGCAGCAGCAUUUCUCAUUUCCUGUGUGAAGGCAGAGCGAGAAACAGAGUAAGAGAGAGGGAAAAAAAGACCUUGGCUCACGUAUUCUCUGACCAGUUAUCUCUACAUUUACAGCUGCCUUUCUCCCCAUUUCGGGCUCGCAGAUCGGAUGGCCUUUAUUGACAUGAAAGUAGACGCUUGGCUCCAUAGAAAAUUCUAGAAGAUCUUGCCCUUUUUUUUGGGUGUGUUGCAUUUGUGGAGGUCAUUGAAUGAAGGCCAUGAGGUGUUUCGGUUCUCGACUAUGAAUAUGUCCUUAUCACGCCUGUGGAUCAGUUUCAGGACUGGGUUUCAUGUUUGACACAAAAUCUUCGUGUAGGUCCUUCUGUUAGCCAUUCUGGUGGCACACCUGGUGGACUUUUGACCACGUUACAGUUUUCUCAAGAAGGGAGUGAAAAUCUUGAUGGAAAAAGCUUGGGGCUUCAAAAACGGUGCCAUUGCCCACAUGUGAAAUAUUGAUGGCACUCCCACCAGGCUCAGUAUAGGCUAGACUUCAGGAUUUGCCAAGACAUGAAUUUUUUACACUCAGGCAUUUCAGUAUCACGUUUUGUGAUAAACACACACUACACCAACGAAACCUCACUUUGUUGGUAGUAACUUUUAUCUGGCUGAACACAUUGCGCAAAAGCUGGACAUUUGUGGCCUGCUAGUGAUCAGCUUGGCUGAGGAAGAGAUCAAGACAGUGUCUGAUGUGGUUGAAGAGAUGGAUGUAUCAGAACCACCUAAAGUUUCUGAUUUAGGAUCAGCAGAUGCAACACUGGCAAGUCAAAAACGGAAAGCACCCAGUCCCCCACACUCCUCUAAUGGCCAUUCGCCAUCUGACACAUCACCCAGUGCUGUCAAGAAGAAAAGGAAACCUGGCCUAGGCAUCAGCAACAAUAAAGAUCAGUGUGAGCUAAGACAUGGUCCAUUUUACUAUGUCAAGCAGCCUGCACUCACCGCAGACCCUGUUGAUGUUGUGCCACAGGAUGGAAGGAAUGACUUCUACUGUUGGAUGUGCCACCGUGAAGGCCAGGUGCUCUGCUGUGAGCUCUGCCCACGUGUGUACCAUGCCAAGUGCCUCAAACUGGCCGCUGAGCCUGAAGGCGACUGGUUCUGUCCAGAGUGUGAGAAAAUAACAGUAGCAGAAUGCAUCGAGAGUCAAAGCAAGGCAAUGACCAUGCUGAAUCUGGAACAACUGUCUUACUUGUUGAAGUUUGCCCUGCAGAAAAUGAAGCAGCCAGGGACAGAGCCAUUUCAGAAACCAGUCUCUCUGGAGCAGCAUCCUGACUAUGCUGAGUACAUCUUCAACCCGAUGGACCUGUGUACCUUAGAGAAGAAUAUUAAAAAGAAGAUGUACGGCUGCACCGAGGCAUUUUUGGCAGACGUAAAAUGGAUCCUGCACAACUGUAUUAUUUAUAACGGCGGAAAUCAUAAACUUACUGCAACAGCAAAGGUUAUUGUCAAGAUCUGUGAACAUGAGAUGAACGAAAUUGAAGUUUGUCCAGAGUGCUACCUGUCAGCUUGCCAAAAGCGAGACAACUGGUUCUGUGAACCAUGUUCUCCACCCCAUCCACUGGUGUGGGCUAAGCUGAAAGGUUUUCCUUUCUGGCCUGCUAAAGCUCUGAGGGACAAAGAUGGCCAGGUAGAUGCUCGGUUCUUUGGCCAACAUGACAGAGCCUGGGUGCCCAUUAACAACUGCUACCUCAUGUCAAAAGAGAUUCCCUUCUCUGUAAAGAAGACUAAGAGCAUCUUCAACAGUGCAAUGCAAGAGAUGGAGGUUUACGUGGAAAAUGUACGCAAGAAGCACAGCGUGUUUAAUUACGCCCCGUUCAGAACACCGUAUACACCCAACAACCUGUUCCAGAUGCUGCUGGACCCAAGUAACCCCAGGAAAGGUACAGUAAUGCCAGAGAAACAGGACAAGAUCAAGUUCAACUUUGACAUGACUGCAUCUCCCAGGACAUCAAUGGGUAAAAGUGUGGGACACAGGAUGAGUGACAUACCCAGGUCUCCAAUGAGCACCAAUUCCUCAGUCCACACAGGGUCAGACCUUGAGCAGGAUGUUUCGGAGAAAGGAACAAGAAUCCCAUCUAGCCACUACAGCACUGGGGAAGACUCUAUGGAUUGUACAGCAUCUCCAGCAUGUCUGAAGACCACAGGUAGCCCAAAACCAAUCCUAACGACACCUCUUAAACAGGAGAGAAUGCAGAAUGCAGCCAGUAUCCUCAACCUAAAUCUUGAUCGCAUUAAGGCAGAAAUGGACCUGAAGGAGCUGAGUGAGACUGUACAGCAACAGCAGCAGCAAAGCCCAUCAGUACUUCUUACCUCCCCCAGAAAAACCACCAGAAGUCUGGAUAAGACCAUAGAAAGCUGCAAGGCCCAACUAGGGAUCGAUGAAAUAUCUGAGGAUGUGUACCAAGGCGUGGAUCACAGUGACACUGAUGAUUCUGACAAGUCUGACUCCAGUGACAGCGAGUAUGCAAGCGAAGAGGAGCCGAACCUGAAAAACGCAACAAAGAAUGAAGACCACGAAGAUGUCGUCCUUAAAAACAAAAAAAGACCCAGGCCUACAUCUUCACAACCGCAAAACAAUAAAAACCAGUCUCAGAAUGUGACUGAGAAGCUGGCUUCGGAGCCUCCACUGAAAAAGAGAACUGGAGGUGUUUCGGAAAAAGAAGGCCAGGAAAAGCCCAGGGUAAACCAACAGACCCAGUCACACAGAGAGAAACCUGCAGCUGGCCGCGAAGGAAAGGCUGGAACUGUGGAUGCAGAUUCCGACUCGGAAAGAGAACUUGUGAUUGACCUUGGUGAGGAGCAUGGAGGAAAAGAGAGGAAGAAACCAAAAAAAGAAGCUUCAUCAUUAUCCAACUCUACGACCAAAGACAAUGCAGCCAUUAAAACUGAAGGAAAGGCUGUGGCAACUGCCAGUCCGUCAGUCUCUCCAUCUACAGUACUGUCUGCGUCAUCCACCAACCCCAGUGCUACUCAGUCAGCCUUAAAGACACCAAACAGCACCUCUGCCCCACCCGUUACCCCUGCCAGCACCACCUCUGCACCAGCAACUACUGCAGCAACAAAUUCCUCUACGUCUACUAUGGUAAGGAAACAGCGCCCUCUGCUGCCAAAGGAGACAGCACAGUCUGGUCAGGCAUCCGUGGUUUGGAACCAGACGGGGAGUAAAAUCCAGACAUCCUCUCCAAAAUGGCACCUGCAGAAGGUUCAGAAGCAGCAACAUGGCUCACAGUCUCAAAGCACAGCAGCUUCCAGCAAUGCCACCCGUUACCAGACCAGGCAGUCUGCUAAAGCUGUCCAGCAAAAAGAGCCCUCGUCUGGGCCCUCCAGUUCAGUCCUGGCUGGGGACUUCCUUAUUCCACCCGCCUCUGCUGAUGUAGCAGCUGAUAUCGCCAAGUACACCUCUAAAAUAAUGGAUGCCAUUAAAGGAACAAUGAAUGAGAUGUACAGCGACCUAUCCAAAAGCACAACAGGAAACACUAUUGCUGAGAUACGACGGUUGCGAAUCGAGAUUGAGAAGCUCCAAUGGCUGCAUCAGCAAGAGCUUUCGGAAAUGAAGCAUAAUCUGGAACUGACUAUGGCAGAGAUGAGACAAAGUUUGGAGCAAGAGCGGGAAAGGCUUGUGUCGGAGGUAAAGAAGCAGAUGGAGGUGGAAAAACAGCAGGCUGUGGAUGAAACCAAGAAGAAGCAGUGGUGUGCCAACUGUAAGAAGGAGGCCAUUUUCUACUGCUGUUGGAAUACCAGCUACUGUGAUUAUCCCUGCCAACAAGCGCACUGGCCUGAACACAUGAAAUCCUGCACGCAGUCCGAUUCCCCGGUUUCUUUCAACCUACUAAAACAUACUGCCACUGCAUCACAGCAGGAGCCAGAGGAAGAGGCCUCUACAGUUCCGGUACCAAAAACCUCAGGACAAUCACCUAAAACCCAGCAUUCUUCGCCAGCCAACAAAAGUUCACCAACACACAAAACCCCUUCACCCACUACAGACAACACUAAAGCAAGCUCCGCAGUCUCGGUUUCCUAACCAGAUGUUUUCCAUCAUUUCUACAUGGUCAACAAUCUGGAUGCUUUUGGACUGGGAGUUGCGCUUUUUUCUUUUCCUCAUCAUCUUCACAAAUCUCGGUGUAAAGACAUAAUAAACUUGCGCUCCUCACCUGCUCAGUUCACUACACCUGAGGAUGUAAGAAAAGUGGUUCAUUUAUCACAAAUAUACUUCAUUGAAAUUUUUUUUAGUCUACAUAAAAUUGCUCUGUACAAAUUUUCAUAUAAAAAUGCUAAUGUAAUACUUUUUUAACACACUGUUGAGUUUUAUAUGGUGCAGAUUAAAUUAAUUUGUCUGCUCAGUUUUUUUUUUUUUUGUUUUUUUUAUGUACUGCACUUACCAGAGAGAUGGUUCAAUUUUAUUUUAAGAUGGUGGAUCUUAUGAAACAUGGUGGGAUUUAUUGAUUCACAACAUGUUAAGGUUUGGUUCUCACUACAUCACUUAUCAAAGACAUUCUGUUGCCUUCUUACUGAAGUCCUUCAUCCUGCAGAUAAUGCCUGAUUUAAACCUGACAGUAGCAGAGUGGUCGAGGUUGCAUUUCUUAUUUUACAUUUCAGGUUUUCACUUGUUUACAUAUUGUAAAUAAUGAAAGAGGAGACAAUUAUCUGUGAGAAAAUAAAUCAACUCGCUUCUGAAAUGAA